UUUUAUUUAUCAUGCAACAUAUAAAUUUACAUAAUUGCAUUUUUUGUACAAUAUUUAUAGAAGUUUGAUAUUAUUUUAUAUUAAAUAUUUGUUUGUAUAUUUAUUUACACAAACUAAUUUAAGAAAAAUAUGUCUGGGUUUGCUGAUUUAGUUAAAUACAAUGAAAUAGACGUGAAUCAUAAGACAAAAAGAAAUCCGAAGUUUCGAUUUCGCGCUGCCGUUCGCUAUGUGAUAGCCAACCAGUACUGGCUGGUGGAGAUGUUGGCAGCCUACGUGAGGCCCAGCGACGUCGGCUUGAGGGUGCGCCAAGCUGUCAACCCCACUAACAAGGAUUUGACAUUCAAGGAUAAAAUAUUGUUGAAUAAACGAACAACAGACAGGACGGAAGAUGAAAAGCGACAUCUGUAUCGCCUAUUUGGCGGAUUAAAAUGUUUCAGGCGCUAUCCAGAUGAAGUAAAAAGCCGAUUAGCCGGCUCACUCUACUACAAAUACUACGGCCCCGGGCGCGUGGUGGUCCGUCAAGGGCACGACGCGCAUGCGCUCUACUUCAUCAUCGCCGGUGACGUCAUUGUCAGCCAACUACUCUGGGACGACCUGGUCAAAGAAGAAGAAUCUGUCACACUCGGCGUCAUGCAACCGGGAGAUAUAUUUGCAGAAGUGGCUUUGUUGCAUGAUAUUGGAAGGAGUGCUACUUGUACUACUGCUGGGCACUGUGAGCUUUUAGUGCUUUUGAAAGAAGACUUCAAAAUGAAUCUGCAAGCUACUGUGCAGCGGCUGUGGGACAGGGCAGAGCGCGCCAUGUCGCAAUUUACUUAUUUCAACCAUCUAUCUGUAAUAGAAUUGCGCGAAGGAGUCAUAGUUGCCAAAAUGAAAUCCUUUGAAGAAGACGAUAUUAUAAUGGGAGACGGAACUGAAUUAACUCACUUUGUCUACUUUGUACUUUCGGGAACUUGUCAGAUUGUCGAGUCUAUGAAAGUGUACGUGACGAAGAAUAAUCGGGAGGAAGUGUAUUGUCUUCACGAUCGAUGUUCUAUUUCGACGACCACGAGUGAGCUCGAUUUUGAAAUAAAUCAUUUUCGUGCCUACGAAAAUAAACUUAGACUUUUGUCGAUGAUAAGCGGGGCUCAUAUUUCGUCUUUUGUGAAGCAAGGAUUGUUUGGUGAAGACGACGACUCUUACUUUCAAGAAAGGUCCUCAAAUGACGACAGUUUAAAUUUCAUUCCUGAAAAUUUAGAAACUGUUUUUAUGCAGGUAGGAACGUUGUCACCUGGAGCUUGUUUCAACCUCGGGGAGAAUACCCGGGACCGGUUCAUCAUUGCUCUGGAGCGAGUGACGUGUCUGCUGCUGCCCCGGCUCUGGCUGGAACAGAGGGACCCCACCAGCAACUGGCCCCGAGUGCGGAGAUACCUUGAUAGGAAUAUACCAUCAAAACAGGAACUAUUUCAAACCUUCCUUACACAACAGAAAUGUAAAAAAAAUACGAAGCAAAUGAUUGAAAGAGUGGUUUCCCGAUCACCAAAUAAAUACAGCAAUACUAGACACAAUGUUCCUUUCUCUACAAGGUUGAUGAAGCGAUCGAAUGUUUUCUGAUAUAGACAGAAUAUUAUUAUAACCUGCCCAUUAA